GUUUGAAAGCAGCGCGCUGGCAUGGGGACUUCAACUGGACUCCAGUGUUGUCCAAAGCUCUUGGAAGGCAUAGAUGAACUGGAGAGGCAGAGGGGUCUUGACGUGAAGCCGGAGGCAGUGCCGGGGUUGCUGAGGCAGUGCGGCGAUUUCAAAGCUCUGGCCGAAGGCAAACGAGUCCACGCUUAUCUUGUCCGGACGAGGUACCACAGGGACAGAUAUUUCGGCAAUCUUCUGGUAGAGAUGUACGGGAAGUGUGGCAGCGUCGAAGAUGCAAGAGCAGUGUUCGAGAGCAUGCAAGCCAGGAACGUCUAUUCGUGGACGAUGAUGAUCGCUGCAUAUGCCCAGAACGGGUGCUACAGGGAAGCCGUCCGGAUGAUGCACAGGAUGGAUUUGGAGGGCGCUAAAGCCGACAAGAUAACUUUUGUCGCUGUUUUGGACGCAUGCUCCAGCUUGGGCGAUCUUUCCACUGGGAGAAGACUCCAUGACCGAGUCCGUGAUUUCCUGGAUUCCGACGUUGUUCUGUGCACUGCCGUGCUCAACAUGUACGGGAAGUGUGGGAGCGUGGACGAUGCCAAGUCGGUGUUUGAGAGGAUGACGAACAGGGACGUGGUGGCCUGGAACGCGAUGGUGGCGGCGUAUGCUCAAAACGGGCAUUGCAGGAAGGCUUUCAAGCUUUUUGCAAGGAUGGCGGCGGAGAAGGUCUCUCCCAACAAGAGCACGUACGUGAGCUUGCUGGACGCGUGCUCGAGCAUGGCUGGGAUUUCCAAAGGCAGGGAGCUCCACGGGCUGGUUGACAGGGCGGGCUUCUUGCGGGACCGUGUCGUAAGGUGCGCAGUGAUCAACAUGUAUGGGAAGUGUGGCAGCGUUGACGAAGCAAGGCAGGUUUUCGAGGCGUUCCCGGACAGGGAUGUUGCGCUGUGGAACUCGAUGAUCGCGGCUUACGCUCAGAACGGGCAAGGAGAGAAGUCCUUAGAAGUUUUCGAGAGGAUGAAGGAGGCAACCAACAACGCGGGACCGAACGCGAUCACUUUCGUGCACGUCCUGUGCGCUUGCAGCCAUGCAAGGCUGAUCGAGAGGGGCCGUAGCUACUUCGGAUCCAUGGAGACGGUGUUUGGGAUCCAGCCGAGUUCUCAGCACUACCGAUGCAUGAUAGAUCUCCUCGGCCGCAGCGGGAACCUUGACCAGGCCUGGAACAUUCUCCACUCGAUGCCUUUGGAGCCGGACUCGUUGGCCUGGACGACGAUGCUGAGCGCGUGUAGAGCUCACUCCAAUGUGGAGCUCGGCGAGCUUUGUGCCGAGAGGCUCUUCGAGAUGGAGCCGGAGUACUCAGCCCCGUACGUGCUGCUCUCCAACAUCUACGCUGCGAGGGACCGCUGGAACGACGUCGCGAGGAUCCGGAAACUCAUGGCGGACAGGGGCGUGAAGAAGCCGAGUGGAAGAAGCAGCAUUGAAGUCGGCGAUAAGAUUCACGAGUUUGUGGCCGGGGACAGAGCUCAUCCUCGACGGGAGGAGAUUUACCAGGAGCUAUCGAGGUUGGGAUCGCGGAUGAAAGCUCUGGGAUACAUCCAGGACAGGAGCUCGGCGUUGCGAGAUGGCGAGGAAGAGGAGAAGGAACAGAUGCUGUGGUACCACAGCGAGAAGCUGGCCAUCGCGUUUGGCAGCGUCGCGACCCCGGCCGGGAAGACCCUCUACGUGAUCAAGAACUUGCGGGUGUGUACGGAUUGUCACACCGCGAGCAAGUUCAUAUCCAGGAUCACCGGGAGGGAGAUUGUUCUGCGCGAUCCGUACCGAUUCCACCACUUUAGAGACGGGUGGUGCUCGUGUGGAGACUACUGGUGAUUCGAUUCGAUCAGUGUGAAAAACGUAUGUUUCCUAUACAUGAUAUAUAUAUGAGUCUGAGAAGUACGUGAUCACAAAGUAUACGGGUGUUUCCACCACAUAUAAUGUGCGCGAUCACAAAGUAUACGUGAUAAGAAGUGUGUUUUCAAAAUACAUAUACAUUUUAUAUGUACGUGAUCAUAAAGUAUACGUGGGAAGAAGUAUAUGGAAACAAUGGACGUUCUUUGGAGGGGCAUAAUCAUGGGACUGUCCAAGACGAGGUUCUUCUCCAGGUGGAGCUAGCAAGCGAAGAACAGUGCGGCUGAUCGAUCCCAACACGCCCAUCAAGCAGCGAUUGUGGCGAGUGAGAGUCGCCAGGAAGCUGAGACUGCGUCGAUUCGUGGGCAGGAUUAGCAUUUUUCUACUCCAUUAGCAUCCUCAAAUCGCUGCUCCGUAUGUGAAGAUGCUCAACCAUGCGGGAUUGUCUUUCAUGGGGCAUUACUUGGUGGGCAGCAAUCCGAUGUUGAAGAAUUCUGGUAUCACGAGCAACUAGAAUCUGGAGAGAUUUUUGCGAAGAGCGAUCGCCAAAGGACGAUUUGCGUCCCUGGAUUUUGGAACGCUAUUUCUUGAUCGUUAAAUAUCCAAAACUAAUCCUUUUGC